CGCCCUUCCUGCCUGCCGGAGGGAGAUUUAAACUGUGGGAAGCUUCUACAGCCGUCUUGGUUAUUUUUACAUAAACUUACCAAUUGAGAAUAAAAUGCAAGGCGGAUGGGUUCCUUUGACUAACAGGUUGUGCAGGACUAAUCUUGAGUUGUGCAGGGAGGCUGGAGUGUUAGAUGGUCUUGUGGUCUGGAAAAUAGUCGCAAGUGGUUUCCUUCUUUCUAAAAUCACCGGGACAACAGUAAAGAAAUAAAGUGGCACGGUUCUCUGCUUUACGGCUCUUUGGGUUCCAGCUAUGGAGGACUUGCUGCUGGGACAUCACCCAAAACAGAUGGGACAUCAUCAUCCCAGACCUUAUAUCUUGAAAAGCAGAUGGUCAGUGUGGGUGUAGGUACAAGGCCAUAUAGGCCAAGAAAAUCAUGCCCAGGAUUCAGAGCUGAUGAGGAGACUGAUGAGGCUGUCUUGCUAAGGAGGCAGAAGCAGAUAGAUUAUGGCAAAAACACCACUGGCUACCAACACUUUGUCCAGCAGGUUCCUAAAGCUUCUCGGCAGUCAGGUAUUCACCCACGUACUCCAAAUAAGCAUAAGAAGUUCAGUCGUCGUUCCUGGGACAUGCAGAUUAAGCUAUGGCGACGGGCACUGCAUGCCUGGGACCCACCUGGACUGAAUACAGAACCUGAGAGGCAGGAGCUGAUGACCGGGAAGAGUCCUCUGCUUAUCUUCUCAAAUGACUCCUUUGGUACCCAAGAGAUGCUAGAAAAUCCAUGUGAAGAAAUCUUAGGCAAACAGGUUGCCAGAUCAUCAGCUUCUGGUUACUUUAUUCCAUGGCUAUGUGAGAAUGAUCACUCUUAUGUGGCGAACUUUGCUGAAGACACAGAAGACUAUCCACUCUUCCCCGAAUAUGGCUGUGAUGUCUUGAGAAUGUGGAGGAGCUUGACACCCUUGAGAAGGCACUGUUUACAUGAGGGAAAGACCUGAAUCAAGCAUAAGCCUUUUAUGUCUGUGCCCCACUUAUGUCUCUGUCUGACAUCCUUAAGACUGUUGCGAGAUCUAGCCUAUCUGUACAAGCUGUCUUGGUACUCAGUGUCUCUUUGCCAGUCUUCGUAUACAUGGAGUCACUACCUGGUUAGCCAUCUAAUUGGCUUUUGUUGGUCACAUUUCUAUUCUAGGGGGUAUGGGUUUGGGUCGAUGGGCAGUGGUAUUACAGAAUGUAAAUAGUUCUUGCAGACUCUUGCAUUGUUAAAGUGUGUGAUUUGAGCAAUAAACGAUAAACAGUGUGCCUGAA